UUAAUUUCUUAUUUCUUUGUUUGAAAAAUAAUAUAAUAUUUUUAUUUGAUGGGAGUGAAGGAUUUGUGGACUGUUUUAACCCCUCAUGCUGAACGGAAACCAAUUAGCGAUUUGAGAGGGAAAACGGUAGCCAUUGAUUUGGCCGGCUGGGUUUGUGAAAGUUUAAAUGUUGUAGAUUACUUUGUUCAUCCUAGACACCACUUAAAGAAUCUGUUUUUCCGAACGUGCUACUUAAUAUGGGAGGAAGUUGUUCCUAUUUUUGUGCUGGAGGGGACAGCCCCAAAACUAAAGAAGCAGGUGAUGGAAAAACGUAAUGAGAUCCAGUUUCGAGGCGUCAAACCAAAAGAAAAACCAAUGACAAACACUCAAACGUCGGUUAAUUCCCAGCCAUGUAAAGGAGGAGAUAAAGGAAGGUCACGUUUUAAUCAAGUCCUCAAACAAUGUGAAAAUCUUCUAGCCUCUAUGGGAAUUCAAUGUGUUCAGGGUCCGGGGGAAGCAGAGGCGUAUUGCGCCUUUCUAAAUCUCAAAGGUCUAGUAGAUGGUGUUAUAAGCCAGGACUCUGAUUGUUUUGCAUAUGGUGCUGUACGGGUUUACCGCAACUUUUCUGUUUCGUCCCAAGGAGCUUUGGCGGCUCAAGGCGGCGCCAUUGACAUAUAUGAUAUGAAACAAAUAUGUAGCAGAAUGGACUUUGGACAGAAUAAAGUUAUUGUUAUGGCGCUGUUGUGCGGCUGUGAUUAUUGCCCUGAUGGAGUGGGUGGAAUUGGGCGUGAUAGUGUGAUAAAGCUGUUCAACAAAUACAAAAAUGACGAGAUUUUAGAUAAAAUUCGCAAGUGGCGCCAAGAGGAUGCGAAAUACACAGCAUUGGAAAUGCGAGUUGAUGACAAAACCAUAUGUACCAAUUGUGGACAUCUGGGGCGCACCCAAAGCCACACGAAAAACGGAUGUGGAGUGUGUCGUACCAAUCGUGGGUGUAACGAGCAAUUAUGGCGAGAGGAACGUUUAUCCAUCAAGGCAGAAUUAGUUUUACGCAAAAAGGCCUUGGCAGAUGCUUCAUUUCCCUCUGAAGAAAUAAUAGAGGAAUUUCUUAAACAACCAGACAAAGUCCCGGAUCUGGAACUAAGUUGGCGCCAACCAAACAUGGUAAAAUUUAUUAAACAAGUGGGUCAUCUGCUGCAAUGGCACGAAAUUUACUGCUUCCAAAAAUUCUUUCCGUUACUUACCAGAUGGCAGUUGUUGAAUGCUCUCAAAGUUAAGGAUGCAUCAUCAGUAAUGGCCUAUGUUACUCCCAAAGAAAUAAUUAAAAAACGAGUGGUUAAGGGAAUUCCAAGUUUGGAACUGUUGUGGCAAGAUGAAAAGGGAUUUUUCAAUGGCCUUAUACCAGAUGUUCAAAUGCGUGAAUAUGAGAAGGAUAACGCCAAAGGUAUAAACGAUCUUUGGACAACCGUGGAACCUAUGGACAUGAUGGAGGCAGCCUAUCCCAUGCUAGUUGAAACGUACCUAAAAUCAAAAGCAAAACCCAAAAAAGUCAACAAGAAAAAAUCCAAAGGUAAUUUAAAAUCUGGCGAGAGUCAAACUUUGGGUUCAUUGGAAAAUUUCGAUGAUUUAAUCAAAGCCACAAACGAAGUUGCCAAGACUAUUGCAAAGCCGAAAAGGAAAUCCAAAACCAAAUUGGUUUCCAAUCCUGGCUUACAAAUGAUCGAUAAAUUUUUUAAGCAAAAAUGCGACCAACAUUUUAAGACACCUUCAAAAUCAUCAAAUGGCGGCCAGACCUCCACACCAGUAAGGACAAAUGUGCCUUCUGAUUGGGAGUCGGACGACGAAGAUAACAUUUUCGAUAUGUCUGAUAUUGUCAAUGCCAUUGUUGGAAAGUGUAGUGAUCCAAUUUUGAGAACACAUAAAGGGCUGCAGUUGCAGUAUGAAUCGAUGCCUGAGGAUAUAAGUUUAAUGUUAAAUGAUCUAAAGACAUCUGCCACAGCGAUGGACAUUAGAUCAAAGUGUGUGGAUGAUUUGGAUGUUUUGAGCGAGAAGCGCUCUUUGUCCAAUAGCUUUCGUAUGAGCACAUACAAAGAGGCCAAACGCGCAUCUCUUGAUGAUAGCUUUGAUGUACUUGUGAAACUGGGUAAUGAUAAAGUUGACAAAAUUGGAAUUAUUUCAAAAUCCUCAGAGAAAAUAUUCCACAGUUCGGAAAAGCCUCUUAAUAUAGUUGACCGCUUCAAACAAAAACAAAAAAUAAGUUUGAGUGGUGAUAAAAGAAAAGAUUGUGAUAAAAGCUGCGACGAUGACCAAGGCAUAAGUUAUUUUUUCAACCAAAGCUUCCAAAAAGAAAAUGAAGACAUUUUUGAGAAACUUAUGGAAACUAGUUUAGCUAAGUACAGCGCAGAUGAUGCGAUCGAUAAUGUUAUUCUCUUAAGCGAUUAGCACUAUCUCCUGGUUAGUUAAACAUUAAUUUAU